CUACUACUUCUACAACUACUACUUCUACUACUUCUACAACUACUACUUCUACAACUACUACUUCUUCCACUACAACUGCUAGCACCACUUCUACUACCACUUCUACAUCUACUACCGCACCUACUACAACUACUACCACUCCUACUACAACUACUGAUAAACCUGGUUGUGAGCUGAAUGGCAUACUCUACCCUCACGAGUAUGUCCUGGACACGUACUGUUGGGAGCUCAAGUGUUACUGUGGCUACUGGAGGUUCAACCACAACAUCACAAAAUCAUGUUCUUCCUGCCAAGUGCGAGAUGAUCCUCACUACGUUACCUUUGACUUAAACGCGUACGACCACCAUGGUAUAUGUAAUUAUACUGUUACCCAAGAAGGCUUCAGCUACGAACCUGAAUUCGCCGUCUACGCUGACUUCAGGUCGUGUUUCGGUCAUAGCUUCGCCUCCUGCCUUAAGAACACCAUCUACAAGGACAGCAACGACACUGUCAUCAACAUAGACACCCAUUCCUCCACCACCCUCUUCAACUUAAUGGUAAACGGUGAGUCCUUCUAUGUAGAUCCUGGCCUCGACCUACAGCCUGUGGUGACCUCUGGCGGCAACCACGAAGUCCUUGUCUUCCGUUACCUCGGCUGCAUCGUUAUCAUUGGUUCCUCCAAACUUGUGAUUAUGCAGUGUACUCACGUUCUGUUCGUGUGGGCACCGUCUGAAUACUCUGGGUUACUGAACGGCCUAUGUGGACACUUGAGCAAUAACAAGAAAGAUGACUUCCUGGACAGAUGGGAAGACCUGCACCCUUACAGCUAUCACCCCAUCCAGUUCGCGCUCUCUUGGAUGACGGAAGACCAGUUGGGGCCGCCUUGUAAUGAGAUGUGUCCAGAGCCUGGCUAUAACUGUUCCACGACAGCGCGUUCAUCGGACAAGAGUGAGCGUCUUAUCAGCCACGGGAAGAAACCCAAGAGUAAAAUUCAGAAAAUCAGUAAGAGGAUCCGGAAGCUGUGUAGAAGGCAUGUGGGAAAGGACCCAAUAUUCUUCAAAUUCUGUGUGUUCGACUUGUGGCAGCUUUAUAAGGAGGGGAAGCGGAAUAUGUGGAAGGAAUGGGUCAGGAAACUCUGCAAAAUCACCAUCAUUAUGAAUCACCUCCUUGAACUGGUCAAGUAGACAACCCUAAUUCUGAAGAUGACUAACGACUUGAUUAAAGGACACAACGAGGACGACUUCUGUACACACGAAGAUCAAAAUGUCAACAACUCUUUACUUUAAGUCCACAACCUUACAUUACAAUAUACUGUAUCAACUUCUAACCACAACAUCACUAACUUAUAUCACCAUAAAUCGACUUAAAACCACAACAUCUCUAACUUAUAUCAUCAUAAAUUGACUUAUAACUACAACAUCACUAACUUAUAUCACCAUAAAUCGACUUAAAACUACAACAUCGCUCAAGACCUUACAGCCACCAUAGAUCCAAGUAACAUUACCAAUCAACACCUCCACCACUUAACACAGUGAAGCAUAUCACUUCUCAGCACAUCAUCUCUUCAAGAUGAAUGACAACAUGACUGUGCAACAUGAUAAGACAAAGAAAGAGAAAAAUUCAUAUGCUAGUGUUAGUUGACAAAUCAAUUGGACUGAGUAAAAGUAUAUGGCAAACAAGUUCCUGAUAUAUAAAAGGAAUCAACAGCAAAAUAACCUCAUGGCGAUAUAGCAUGUAUCAGUAGGGAGUCGGGAAACUUCCAGUCAAUGAACAUCUUAUGCGAUACACUAACGAGUACAGUUCAUAAAUAACAAGAUUAACAAUAUAAAUAAUAAUUGUAAAAUUAUUAAUAAGUACAAGACUGUAUACAUGAUUGUGUGAAAGUUUGACCCUUCUACCUCUACAUUACCUGGUCAGUGUAGGAGGAAGGAGACCAGAUAUAUAUGAGCUUACUUGAACACACACUGGUACCUGGAUGAUUACCAAUAAUCUUUCUGAUUUUAAACAUUUAUUAUGAAGAAACUAACAAAGCUACAGUGAAAAUCCAGAUACCUGUAUAUUAAUAUAAGAAAUUAAGGGAAAUUUUGUUUUUUAUAUUGACUAUAAGGUUACAAUAUUCCUGAAUGAGUAAUUACUUGAUCGUUGGGUCGGGUGUGGUGGUGGGUGGGGGCAUUCCUUGGCUGGAUUGUUAGCCAGAUCUAAGCCCUUUGACCUUUUCCUCUGGAGUUAUGCCAAAAAUUUAUUUUUAUUCCACCAAUCCAGCCACUUUUGGAAUAAUUGAAAGAAUGAAUAUGUGAGGCUGUGAGAUAAGUUUAAUAAAAAAUGUAUGGAGGGAAACAGAAUACCAUUUUCAUUUCUGCAGAGCUACAACAGCAGCUUACACUGAACUACAGGUUGACAACCCUUUAUCCGAAAUUCAGAAAACCGAAAAGCUCUAAAAACCGAAAGUUUUUUUGUGGGU